UGGAAGAGAACUGAUGCGCGUGGCGUGAGUCCUGGUAGGGGAGCGUGCUCAGAGCGUGACUCCAGUGACGCGUAGUGCUUGCGCGUGUGCAUCGCGCACUGUGUUCCUGUGACACGUGUGGACAGCACAGUCACGGCGUGCCUUUUCUGUCGUGAUGGGACCUGGGCCGCUCAUCAGCUGGCUCACGUAGUGUUCUGUGCUGUUUAACUCGAUUACGGAAAAUGGCGAAAACGUAUUCCUUACCCAGCCUCCACGAUUUACCAGUCAUAGCCAGUCUCCUCCACGCAAUAGAUGGCUUUGGACGAACCCUAGACAUUAUAUUGUGUUCUUAAAUACUCUGGUAUCUACCUCUAAAAUGAGGGGUCUUAAGAACAUUCUCUCUCUCUCUCUCUCUCUCUGCCUCUCCAUAACUCUGCCUUUCAAAUGAAUCUGUCUUAAGGGGGAGGGGGGCACUGUGGCGCAGUGAGUAAAGCCACUGCCUGCAGUGCCCCAUUCCAUAUGGACACAGGUUCGAGUCCCGGCUGCUCCACUUCCUAUCCAGCUCUCUGCUGUGGCCUGGGAAAGCAGUAGAAGAUGGCCCAAGUCCUUGGGCCCCUGCACCCACGUGGGAGACCUGGGAGAAGCUCCAGGCUCCUGGCUUUGGAUCUGCCCAGUCCUGGCUGUUGCAGCCAUUUGGGGAGUGAACCAGCAGAUGGAAGACUUCUCUCCCUCCCUCCCUCCCUCUCUUUCUCUCUCUCUCUUUCUCCCCCUGUCUCUCUUUGCCUCUCUGUAACUCUGCCUUUCAAAUAAAUAAAUAAAUCUUUAAUUUUUUUUUUAAUUUGAGAGGUAGAGAGAGAGGAUGGAAAGUUCCUAACCUCUGGUGUCACUCCCCGGAUGCUUCCAACAGCCAGGGCUGCACUGGGCUGCACUGGGCUGAAGCCGGGAGUGGGCAUCCAGGAACUGAACCCAGCUCUCCCAUGUGGUGACGUGGACCCAGGGGUCUGAGGCGUCACCACGGCUUCCCAGGCUCUCUGAUCUGGCUGCGGGCGUGUUCACACGGGGCCACACACCGCCCUUGAAGACGAUGACCCCUGAGGCCAGCUUUGCAGCGCAGCAGGCUGAGCCGCCGUGUGGGCAGCCAGCAUCCCCCCCGAGCACCUGGUGGAGCCCCAGUGGUCACACUUCCCUCUCACUCCCUGCUAAUGCCCCUGGGAAAGCAGCAGAAGAUGGCCCCAGUGCACGGGAGACUUGGGGAAAGUUCCUGCCUCGUGGCUUCGGCUGGGCCCAGCCCAGGCCGCUGUGGCCAUUUAGGGAGUGAACUAGCAGAUAGAAGAUCUCUCUCUCUCUCUCUCUCUCUCCCUCUCUCCGUAGCUGUGCCUUUCAAAUUAAUAAAUAUUUUUUUAAAGAGUAUUCUUAGAAGCAAAACGGGUGUGCACACAGUAGUGUCAUGGUUCCCUGGGGUCAGCAGAUUUGCACGGCUGUCUCGUCCUCUCGCUGCGAUGGUCCCUGUGUGUCUUCCUCAUGUACUGCAGCUCUGACCCGGCCACCAGCCUGACUCCACUCAGAACCUCGAUCUCCGGCCGGGGCCCCCGCGGGGCCCGGGGGGUCUUUCAGUCGGUUGGCUGGCCGGGCACUCCUGGAUGGAGGACCCGAGAGAGAGAGAAUCUGUGUGGUCCAGCGAUUUUGACGAAGUGUAUUACGGGCAGUACAUCUCUUUCUACAUGAAACGCGUCUUCUUCCUGGAUGACAGCGGACCACCGUUUGGCCAUAUGCUGCUGGCGCUGGGAGGUUACAUGGGAGGAUUUGAUGGAAACUUUAUGUGGAACAGAAUUGGCGCAGAAUACAGCCCCAACGUGCCCGUGUGGUCCUUGCGCCUGCUGCCCGCACUCGCCGGGGCCCUGUCGGUCCCCCUGGCCUACCAGAUCGUGGCCGAGCUCCACUUCUCGCACUGCGCCGCCAUGGGAGCCGCUCUGCUGAUGCUCAUCGAGAACGCCCUGAUCACCCAGUCCCGGCUCAUGCUUUUGGAAUCGCUUUUAAUAUUUUUUAACCUGUUGGCCGUGUUGUCCUACCUGAAGUUCUCCAACUCCCAGAAACACAGCCCGUUCUCUCCGGCGUGGUGGUUUUGGCUGACACUGACUGGCGUGGCGUGUUCGUGUGCCGUGGGCGUCAAGUACAUGGGUGUUUUCACGUACCUGCUGGUGCUGGCCGUCGCAGCCGUGCACGCCUGGCAGCUGAUUGGCGACAAGGCUCUGUCCCAUGUCUGUGUGUUCUGUCACCUGCUCGCCCGCGCCGUGGCCUUGCUGGUCCUCCCGGUGGUCCUGUACUUGCUGUUCUUCUACGUCCACUUGCUGCUGCUCUACCGCUCCGGGCCCCACGACCAGAUCAUGUCCAGUGCCUUCCAGGCCAGCUUGGAGGGAGGACUUGCGCGCAUCACCCAGGGCCAGCCGCUGGAGGUGGCCUUCGGGUCCCAGGUCACCCUGAGGAGCGUCUCCGGCAAACCCUUGCCCUGCUGGCUUCACUCUCACCAGAACACCUACCCCAUGAUCUACGAGAACGGCCGAGGCAGCUCCCACCAGCAGCAGGUGACCUGCUACCCCUUCAAAGACGUCAACAACUGGUGGAUCGUGAAGGACCCCGGGAGGCACCAGCUGGUGGUGAGCAGCCCCCCGAGACCCGUGCGCCACGGAGACCUCGUGCAGCUGGUCCACGGCAUGACCACCCGCUUCCUUAACACGCACGACGUGGCGGCCCCGCUGAGCCCCCACGCCCAGGAGGUGUCCUGCUACAUCGACUACAACAUCUCCAUGCCCUCCCAGAACCUCUGGAGGCUGGACAUCGUGAACAGGAACUCUGACAUGGAGAUCUGGAAGACCAUCUUGUCGGAGGUCCGCUUCGUGCACCUGAACACGUCUGCCGUCUUAAAGCUGAGCGGGGCGCACCUCCCGGACUGGGGGUUCCGGCAGCUGGAGGUGGUCGGGGAGAGAGUGUCCCGGGGCGAGAGCACGGUGUGGAACGUGGAGGAGCACCGCUAUGGCCGGAGCCAGGAGCAGAGGGAGAGGGAGGUGGAGCUGCACUCCCCGACUCAGGUCGACAUCAGCCGGAACCUCAGCUUCAUGGCCAGAUUCUCGGAGCUGCAGUGGAGGAUGCUGACGCUGAGAAGUGACGACUCGGAACACAAGUACAGCUCCUCCCCCCUGGACUGGGUCACCCUGGACACCAACAUCGCCUACUGGCUGCACCCCCGCACCAGCGCCCAGAUCCACCUGCUGGGGAACGUCGUGGUCUGGACGUCGGCCGGGCUCGCCACCCUGCUCUACGCCCUGCUCUUCCUCUGGUACCUGCUGCGGCGGCGGCGGAACAUCCGCGACCUCCCCGAGGACGUGUGGCUGCGCUGGCUGCUGGCCGGGGCUCUGUGCGUCGGGGGCUGGGCCGUCAACUACCUGCCCUUCUUCCUGACCGAGAAGACGCUCUUCCUCUACCACUACCUGCCCGCGCUCAGCUUCCAGCUCCUCCUGACCCCGGUGGUCCUGCAGCACGUGCGGGACCACCUGUGCAGGUCCCCGCUGCACAGGAGCCUGUUCAGCGCCCUGGUCGUGGCCUGGUUUUCGUCCGCAUGCCACGUGUCCAGCACACUGCGCCCACUGACCUAUGGAGACCGGUCGCUCUCCCCAGGUGAACUCCAGGCCCUUCGCUGGAAAGACAGCUGGGACAUCCUGAUCCGGAAACACUAGCAAAGCGAGGCGGUGGCAAAGAGCCGGUGUGCUGGGUGGGGAGGAGCAAGGAUGGGCUCACCUGGAGCGGAGAGCGCUCGGCCCGCCCGGGCUGGCAGCCUGCGCGGCCCUGCUUCCUCCUGCAGUCGGCAGGGCACCCUCAGCCAAGUUCACUCCAUGAAGAACCGGGCCCGCCACAGCCUCUGACGCUGGCGGCCAAGGACCGCCCCAGGCAGCAGGAAGGAGGGGACCCGGUCGGCCGGAGCCGCCUCGUGAACCCGCGGGACCCAGCACUCCUAGCCCUGCCGUGAGGCGCACGGAGCGCCCUUGGCCCCGCGUGGCUGCAUCCUCCCAGGUGGCGUCUCCAUCUUCAGUGGUCAAGCUUGGUCACCGUACAUUUCUUUGCCCCAAAUUUGCCAAUUUUUAUAUAAAUAAAAAGGACAAAUUGCCAUUCGUA